AUGGCCGAGGUGGACACUGCGCCUACCUUUGGCGCAGAGCUCAAGGACGGCUUCAAAUCCGCCAACGCCUGGGUCAACAACGGAAUCGCCUGGCUCGACGAAAUUCAGCAGUUCUACCGCGAGCGAGCCGCCAUCGAAAAGGAAUACAGCGCAAAGCUCGAUGCGCUAGCCAAGAAGUACUUUGAGAAGAAGAACAAGAAAAUCUCCAACCUGAGCGUUGGCGACAACCCGACCUUGACGCCUGGCUCUCUUGAGAGUGCUUCCCUAACCACAUGGUCUACUCAGCUCACCACCCUCGAAUCUCGCGCCGUCGAGCACGAUCGCUAUGCGAGUAACCUUAUCUCCCAGGUCGCUGAACCCCUAAAGUUCUACAACGCCCGAUUCGACGAGCUGCGUAAGCGCCAUUCCGAAUAUGCCGAUAAGCUCGAAGCUGGCCGCGAUGCCUGCUAUGCCGAUCUGCGCAAAGUCAAAGGCAAAUACGACAACACAUGCCAAGACCUCGAGAGCAAGCGCAAGAAGACCGAAUCGCAUGCCGACAAGGCCAAAGCACAGAGUGCUUACCAACAGCAGCUCUUUGACAUGAACAACGCCAAAAACACCUACCUCAUCGCCAUCAACGUCACCAACAAGCAAAAGGAAAAAUACUACCACGAAUACAUCCCAGAGGUCAUGGACAGCUUGCAAGACUUGAAUGAAUUCAGAAUCUUGAAGCUCAACUUUUUGUGGGACGUGGCAACUCGGCUGGAGUCUGCCAUGCUCCAACAGAGCAACGGACUCAUCGAGCACCAAGGCAAGGAAAUCCAGAGGAACCUGCCCCAUCUAGAUUCCAUGAUGUAUAUGCGUCACAACAUGGGCGCCUUUCACGAGCCGCCGGACAAGGUCUUCGAAGCGAGCCCUGUCUGGCACGAUGACGACCUCAUGAUUGUGGAUGAGACGGCCAAGAUUUACCUACGCAACGUACUAACGAAAUCCAAGUCUCAGCUAGGUGAGCUCCGGAGAGAGGUGGACAAGCAACGAAGAGAAGUCGAAACCGUUAAGCGGCUCAAGCAACGUGUCCGGGAGGGCAAAGAGAAGAAGGAUGAAGUUGAAGUUAUCCGCGCACUAUUCGCUAUGCAAGAAAGUCUCAUUGCUGUGGACCAGAAGCGACUUACCGCUGAAGUUGAAACUACCACCAUUACCUCUGCAGUUGGUGACGUUACGCUGGGGGCUAAAAAUCACAACUUUAAGAGCCAAACCUUCAAGAUACCAACCAACUGCGACUUGUGUGGAGAUCGCAUCUGGGGCUUGAGCGCAAAGGGAUUUGACUGUCGAGACUGCGGUUACACAUGCCACAGCAAGUGCGAGAUGAAGGUGCCUGCGGACUGCCCUGGCGAGCUGAACAAGGAAGAGCGAAAGAAGAUCAAGGCUGAGCGCCAGGCUGCCACUAACAGGCUUCUCGCACCUGACGCAGGAUCCCCAGCGCACGUUUCAGAAGACAACCUCACGCGAUCCAAUACCAUGAACUCGGCAAGCUCACAGUCAUUACGACAGUCCGUCGUGUCUGCACCACAGACGCCAUCAGAAGAUACACCUUCGGAAACGCCACCCAAAGCGACCACUCCUGUUGCGGCAACCGCCAAAGCUGCUGCAGUUGCUGCAGUUGGUGGUGCGGCUCCCCCGAAGAGGAACAGAGUAAUUGCACCUCCUCCCACGGCAUAUAUUUCGCAUGCACCAGCGGGUAGCAUGAAUGGCAUUGUAGAAAAGGAAGAAAAGAAGGGCAAGAUGCUUUAUCAGUUCGAUGCCGGUGGAGAUGGAGAGCUCUCAGUGGCAGAAGGCAAAGAAGUGGUGGUUUUGGAAGCAGAUGAUGGUACUGGCUGGGUCAAGGUCCGCGAUGGCUAUAAGGAAGGUCUCGUACCAGCGACAUACAUCGAUGUCAACAUUGCGCCAUCAACACCCGCAGCAUCGGCCCGUCCUUCCUCUGUUUACUCCACGUCAACCACAUCAUCAAUAGCCGCCGCUUCGAGGAAGAAGGGCCCUGCAGUGGCGCCCAAGCGAGGCGCCAAGAAGCUGCGAUACGUAGAGGCCCUGUAUGACUACGUGGCACAGAGCGAAGCAGAGCAUUCCAUGACGGAGGGCGAGCGUUUUGUGCUGAUCAAGGAUGAUCCCGGUGACGGCUGGGCGGAAGUCGAAAAGGCUGGCGUGACAGCCAGUGUCCCAGCCAAUUAUAUUCAUGCUGUGUAG